UACAACAAUAAUUACAAUCGCACUGACACAAGUGAAUUCGAAUUCAGAGGGGGUGCACGUUCUCUUACAAUCCACAUUAUUUACUUUUACAUCAAUCUCCAAGAAGCCAAACCAAUUUAAAUUUAUUUAAUUAAUAAAAGAUAAAUUGUAACAAUGAGGGAUUCAUCACCAGUAGCUGAAGUUCAAGCCGUCGAAGAUGAGGGACACCCACCACGUCUAAAUGAAAUGUCAAAAAAAUUCAUUGCCGAUUGUAUUGCUGAAAAAGAACGCCUUAGCAAUGAUUUUCCAGUCGCUGCCAUGCUUAUCAAUGAAGCUAUUGAUAGAGUUCAUGCAACUGGACGAAUUCCCGGACGAGAAAUGCAUGCCGAUGUCUUCAAGCAGAAAUUAAUAAAAGUCACCCAAAAGGUUUUCGUUCCAACCAAACAAUUUCCCAAUUUCAAUUUCAAUGGAAAAAUUCUCGGACCAAAAGGCAAUUCACUACGGAAUCUUCAAAAACAAACUUUAUGCCGAAUUCUUAUUAAGGGUCGUAAUUCAAUGCGUAAUGCAGAAAAGGAACAAGAAUUACGUGAAUCUGGCGAUCCACGACAUGCUCACUUGGAAAAAGAUUUGUAUGUUGAAAUUUCAACAGUUGCAACUCCAGCCGAAGCUCAUGCUCGAAUUGCAUAUGCUUUGGCUGAAAUUCGAAAAUAUCUCAUUCCUGAUAGCAAUGACGAAGUUAGUCAAAGUCAGAGGAAAGAAAUGUCAGAAGACCCAGAGUUUAUAAGGAAAUCGGGUAAAUCCUUUUCUGAUGAUAGAGGUCAGUCUAAACCUCGGGUGAGUAUUUUGCAAAAAAUAACGGGUUACACAGGUCAAUCAUACGAUAAUGGAAUGGAUGGAAUAGAGGACGGCAAUGAUGAAGAAGAACGGACUCCAGCAAGAGGUGCCUUACAUCGACCACCUAUGAAGAGAUCCAUGCAAGAACCACCGUCUCCUUACCAAAACAGGAACACAGGCGAAAGACAAACCUACCGAUCUGAUGGUAGACCAGUAGUAAGUAUUUUGAAAAAAGUCACUGGAUACAAAGAUUAUGAGGAGGAAGAUGAGCGUCAAGAGGGAGGAAUUGAGUAUGAUCCUGAAUACCCAGAUGAAAGAAGUUAUAGCCGUGAUCCAAUCCGACAAAUGUCGCAAAGACCAUCAGGCAAGAGAUUUGUACAUGAACAACCAUCAUCUUUUCAACAAAGAAGGUAUGAAAAUCCACAGAAGCGCACACGAGAUGUAAUUUUUGAGGGUAAAAACUAUUAAUCAAUGAAAUUUAUAAAAACAUAACUUCUAACCAUCAGACAAACAAAAAAAUAAAUACAAUUAUCGUAUUAAAUUACAAUAAAAUAUAAAAUAAAAUACAACUAAUCAAUAAUUAGUUUAAUCAUUGAGAGUUUAUCAAUGAUUUAAUUUUGUCUUCUAAAAUAAAGUAAAAAUUUCAAUCAAUCAUAAUUUGCAAAGAAUGUAAUUCAAACAAAAAAUUGAAAUGUUAUAAUCUAAAAGAAAAUAAACUUGUAAUUCAAAAAGAAAAAUAAUUGAUAAGAUCAUGGCAAUAAUUUUAAGUAAUAUUUAAACUUAUAAAUAUGUACUAAAUUAAUUAUUGUUGCGGUUCUUGAGGUAAGUGCACAUUUGCAUUCAUUAUCUGUAUUUACAAAGUACUAAUAAAUAAAUGGCACAAACUGAACAAGUUCA